AUCAAACAAAGAAACAAAAUGGGAUGAAAUGAAUAUAAUUGCAACAUUGCACCCACCAGGAAAAGAUUACGGCCAUAUCAAGAUUGAUGAACCAAAAACUCCAUACAGCUAUGAAGGCUUACCCGGUGAAUUUGAAUUUGAUGAAUUAGAUUCCGCUACAAUUGCUGCCAAAUUGGCAGAGAGUAGUAAACCAAAGAUAUUUGAAGAAUCAAGUGAAGAUGAAGAGGAAACUGAAACUCUUGAGGAAAGAGAAAAACGUAAAGCAUUUGAAGCAAAGAGAAAGCGUCAUUAUCAAGAGUGGCAAGUAGUUCAAAUGGCUAGAAAACAAUUACUUGAACAAGAUGAAGAAGAUGAAGAUGAAGACAAAGAAGAUAAUGAAGAAAAUGAAGAAGGCAUACAAAAAGAUGACAAUAAUUAUCUUCCUUCUGAAGAGCAAAUUAAUUUUAAUGUUAAAUUCAAAUGUAUGUCAUCUUGUAAUGUAAAAAAAGGAAAAUGAUAUGGCAAAAAACACUUUUAAGCGAUGUUAUAAAUUAUUUGAUUAAAAUUUAGAAUUCAGUUAU